CUGAGGGUCAUUGUCUUGUUGGAAGGUAAAAUUUCAGCCCAGUCUGAGGUCCUGAGCGAUCUGGACCAAGUUUUCAUUAAGGAUCUCUCUGUACUCUCCUGUUUGGCUUUCCCUCCACUCUGACUAGUCUCCCUGUCUCUGCUGCUGGAAAACAUUCCCACAGUCAGAUGCUGCCUCCACCAUGCUUUACUGCUGGAAUAGUAUUGAGCAGGUGAUGAGUGGUGUCUGGUUUCCUCCGGACAUAGCACUCAUAGUUAAGGUGAAACAGUUCAAAUCUUGGUUUCAUCAGACCAGAUUUUGUUUUUGCAAAUUUUCACAGAGGAGACAUUUUGUCUGGAUUCUCAGUCAUUAAGCCCAGAUCAGUGGAGUGUUGCAGUGAUGGUUGUCCUUCUGGAAGUUUCUCCAUCUCCACACAGGAUCUCUGGAGCUCAGCCAGACUGACCAUCAGAUUCCUGGCUAACUCCGUUACCAAGGCCACCUCCCCCCGACUAUCUUACCCAAGCAAAAUGGAAGGGUUGCCAUUGUGACAGGGGGUACCAGAGGAAUGGGUUUAGAGACAGCGAGACACCUGGCAAGCCUUGGCAUGCAUGUUGUCAUAGCUGGGAACGAGAGAGAAGAGGGUGCAGCAGCCGUCAAGAAGAUUCAUGAAGAAGGCAGCAAGGGGAAAGUUGAGUUUGUCUUCCUGGACUUGACCUCACUGAAAUCAGUGCGACAGUUUGUUCAGAAGUUCAGGGACAGAGGACUCCCCCUCCAUGUUUUGGUUAACAACGCUGGGACCAUGCUGGUCCCUGAAAGACAGACAGAGGAUGGCUUUGAGUUCCACUUUGGUCUCAACUACCUGGGCCACUUCCUGCUGACCAACCUGCUGCUGGAUGUGCUGAAGAGGUCAGGUCGACACGGCUGCUGCUCCAGAAUCGUCAACAUGUCCUCUGCCACACACUAUGCAGGAGUCCUGGACAUGAAUGAUUUGGACAGAAGGACGUGCUACAGUUCCCAUGGCGCCUACUCUCAAAGCAAACUGGCUCUGGUCCUCUUCACCUACUACCUGCAAGAGCAGCUGACAGCCGGCAACUUUCCAGUGACUGUCAACGCCGUGGACCCCGGCAUGGUGGACACAGCGCUGUACGACAACCUGUGGAGCCUUGCACAGGCGAUGAAGAAACCAGUGGCCAAGAUACUAUUCAGGAGUCCAGCAGAGGGAGCAUCCACAGCCAUCUACACUGCAGCUGCCUCUGAGAUGGAGGGGGUGGGGGGCUGUUACCUGUACAACGGCCAGAAGACACAGUCGUCCGACCUGUCCUACAACUCGGAGCUACAGGCAGAGCUGUGGAAGAAGAGCUGUGAGCUGGUGGGUCUACAGGAGGCCUGACGGGCUGUCAUCUGACAGAUGCUGUGGUAAAUAACCAGUGAGAACACAUGAACAACCUAAAAGCCUUAGCAGUGCUUGUUUCAUCCACACAAGACUCUGGUGAUUUUUAGAAUAUUCUGUUUUCCAUGUAUGUUUCUGUAAAACUGCUUGUUUGUUCAAGACCUGUUCAAUCAAACAAAAAAAAAAAAAAAACAAACAUCAGUACUGGUCUAAUACUGUCAUUACAGUGUGAUAUUAAGUAGCAUAUUAGAAAUCAAAGAGCCUGAUUCCUGAAACAAGUCAUUUUGUGUGUACAUGUUAUUAUUGUAAGGUCUGACAAAACUCUGACAGACGUCUGUAAUAAUGCCAUCCCUUAACAUUUCCUAUGUUGAUCAAUUUCAGACGUGUAGAGAAAUAUAAUUUAAAUGGUCCUCAGGAACUCUGAUGCAUUUUGAAUGUAUAUUUUCCAGACAAUACUGUGAUAUUAAGUUUAAUUUACAGUGUACUGUAUAUAUGUGAUUGAGUGACUGUUAGGAUGUGUGACAUACAGUCAAAUGAUUAGUAUUAUCUCUGCUUGGAAUCAUCAGAAACUGUGUAUCUCUCAUGUAAAACCACUGCGAGCUGCCACAUGCUGAGAUUUAUUAGUUCUUUUAUUUGAAUGCACUGUGCUUCUGUAGCUGUGUCCCACUUCAGACACCCCCUGCUUGUCCAGGUAAAACCAUAAUACAAGCCUGCUCAGAUGUAGCACAUGGUUCCAUUCUUAAGUGAGAGACAUCCCCAAAUCAUGAGCCAGAUUACUGUCCAUGUGAAAGUGUGUGCUGCAGUUACUGCUGCAGUGUUCUAACCAUGCUGUCCAGGACAUUGUAAUGGUAAAUGGACUGCAUUUAUAUAGCGCUUUUUUAGUCUUAUCGACCACUCAAAGCACUUCACACUACAGGUCACAUUCACCCCUGAACACACACAUUCAUACAGGACUUCAUUGUUAGUCUGUGUUUGCCAAAUGAACACACAGAAAGACUCAUAAUCACUCAUAAAGUGCCUUUUGUCUAUUUUAAUAAGUGGUGCCUGAUUUAUAUUUUAUAAUUUUUACAAGAAGUAUCAGAAGCACAUGGCGGCCCUUGAGAAAUCUCAUGAAUUAGAAACACAAUGAUCUGUUAAUUGAACAAACAGCUUGAUGAGAAGUGUCUAUAGAACUGUUUUAAACUAUAUUCAUUGUCUACACUAAAUCUCUGUGCUGUGGCCCUUAACUUAUUUGUAUUGAAAUAAAUAAUAAAUAUAGUGUAUAAGACCAUACUUUGCUUUACAAAAGUCUACUUUAACCAAUAUAUUAGAACACAAUAACAAAAAAGUUGUAUCAGUGGUAUCAGCGCAGUGAUCAGGAAGUUUUGGAAUAAGCAAUAAAGAACUUGAGUGUGCCAGA